AUGUUAGGAGGCUAUUUGCGCUCUCUCUGCCGCUUCAGAAAGACUAGUUUGAGCAUUUCUUUGAUUGUAACUUAUGGUUUGAUUGGAACAUUAUAUAUAUGGGACCAAAUUAGAUACGAAGGGUCCACACCAGAGGGACCUGAGCAAUUAUUGCUGGACGAUGCUUGGCUCUCCUUGCAGACUAUCACAGAGAGUCCUCAUGAAUAUGUGUCGAGAAAGAAUGAUGUAGUUCAUGACUUCAUCUUGCAGAAGGUUCGGACUGUGACAGAAAAUGUGUCCUAUGCGGAGGUGUCUGAUGACUACACAUCUAACAACAGACUUCUGUUCAAACAGCCUGACGUCUUUAACUCAACCUCACAAGAGACGCGUGUGAUCUCCUUUGAAUCGUCCAAUGUGUUGGUGAAAAUUGAGGGGACAGACCCCAGUCUGGAGGGCUUGCUAGUUUCCGCACAUUUUGACUCCGUUCCCACCGGAUUCGGUGCAACUGAUGAUGGUAUGGGAGUCGCUACUCUUUUGGCGCUGCUAUCGAGACUGUCAGAAAAGCAACCGUUACGAACCGUUGUUUUUAACUUCAACAAUAAUGAGGAAUUCGGCUUGCUGGGUGCAUCAGCGUUUUUCAACCACUCUUGGAGCAAAAUCGUUCACUAUGUUCUUAAUUUGGAGGGAGCUGGUGCUGGCAAUAAAGCGGUACUUUUUAGAACUUCUGAUAGUGCUACUUCGUCGAUUUACAAGCAAGCAGUUCAAGAGCAACCUUUCGGAAACUCCAUGUAUCAGCAAGGCUUUUACGAGCGGUACAUUUCUAGUGAGACCGACUAUAAGAUAUACGAACAGAAGGGCUUACGAGGAUGGGACAUUGCAUUUUAUAAACCCAGAGUAUUUUACCACACUGCUAUGGACUCUAUCUCUCAAACAAGCAAGGCCUCGUUGUGGCAAAUGAUGAGUACUGCUUUGCAGAUAGUGGACUUUGUGGCUUUUGAAAAAGUGGAAGACAAUUCUGAAGAUCGAGUUCCGGCUAUUUAUUUCGAUGUCCUAGGAUUAAUUUUUAUCACCAUGAAAGCCAAAACCUUAUUCACUAUCAAUUGUAUCCUCUUGGCAGUCGUGCCACUCAUCAUACUUUCGUUAGAAAUCAUUAUUUCGAAGAGGAAAACCCAUCAAAAGUCGCUAAUGCUAUGGUUGAGAUUCCCUUUGAGUUUUUUGGUCUCGUAUCUCGUAAUAACCAGUGGGAAAUCCUUUCUGUUCCGUAAAAAUCCUUUGAUUUUCUCGCGGAACUAUUUCCUGCCGACUUUUGCGUUUUUUUCGAGCUUCGUUACAGUGAACUACUUGAUUCUAUCUUUCCUGGAGUAUGUGGCACCAACGCAGGAUCUGAAGACAGUUGCCUUAGUUGAGUUGUCUUUCUGUUUUUGGGCUCUUCUCUUGCUGGCUUCUGUUCGCCUGUAUACUCACAAUUAUGAAGCCACAGGCGUAUAUCUUUUCACAAUUCUUUUUGCAUUGACUUCUCUUAGUGCGAUCAUAGGACUUUUGUGCUCGACUCUGAAGGGAAAGGAUGUGGAAAAUGUCGAUGCUCUGUCUUUGAGUUCAAGAGGUGAGCAUGACCAUGAAGAAGACGCGACUGUUGAAGUGCAGUCUAAUGAGGAGCCAGAUGAGAGAGCACCUUUGUUACGAACUUCAACAUCUUCUCGAAGCAGUGCCCUCACUCAACUUUCAAAAGCUGGAAAUGAAGGAGUUAGCCCAAUUUUGAAACUAGCUCUCAACUACGAUUGGAGCCUUCAGUUUCUCGCCCUCGUGCCGAUUGCGACGUUUUUCGCUUUCACUUGUUUAUCGCAAGUGCUUGACGCCGUGAACCAGACCUGUCAAGACGGAUUUCAGGCCUCAUGGAACGUUUCGCUGAUAUCAAUGCUAGGGUCAAUGCUGGUUGCUUUGCCCCUUUUACCCUUUUCCUACAAACUAAAUUAUUUUGCCUCCAUGUCGAUCAUUUUUCUUGCAGCUUGUACAGGCAUAUCGACUUUCAUCGCAGAGCCAUUUACAAGUAGUGCUCCUCUCAAACUUCGAUUUUCACAGCACAUUGAUUUGACGCAACAUCAGCAAUCCGCCGUUGUCAACAUACUCGGUCGACAGGGCGCUGGUAUUGAAGGAAUCCUAAAAGAUAUGCCUUCUGUGAAAAGCUCGAAUGGGCAUAUAAAAUGUCAUGCCAGCGGCCAAGGUUCAGAAACUUGUACUUACAACGGUCCCGCUCCAAACGUCGUAAGUUCAGCGAAAGAAUUGCGGUCUACAGAAGUCAUGUCUGUUAAAGUUCUUUCAAACAAUAGAAAAGCGCCAGAAAGAUCACCUUAUGAACCGAUUUAUGCUGAGCUGCAGAUCAAAGCAUUGGAGAAUCGACUAUGUUCAAUCAAAUUCAAUUCAUCUCAAUAUUCAGACUUCACUUUUGGUCAGUCCCCUGUAAAGCAAAUAACGGUGUUCAAUUCACAUCACUACGAUAACCGGACUCAGGUAGAAUUAUUAGCGGCGGAUGGAUCAUCGCAAGACGUGAGCGGCGAUCAGGUCUUUAAGUGGGGAAAGGGCAUUGAUAGUCUCCAACUUCACAAGCUUGACUUCGAGAAGAAUUUCUAUCGUGUAGGGAUACAAUGGAUUCCUAAGAUCUCAAGCCAAGAAGCUGAUGGAGAAGAGGAAGAUAAAGAUGUGCUUGGGUUGCAAAUCCGUUGUUUCUGGGGCGAUUACGACUCUGUGUCGAUUGUUGGAGGCGACUCCAAACGUAAAGUUCCUGCUUAUGAUGAGUUACUGAAAUUUUCUCCCGCUUCGGUCUCUUAUGCAAACAGAGAAGCAGGGAUGGUGAUCUUCAAUGAUUAUAUUGAACUAUAA